AGUUAAAAUUUCUUUCCUGAGGGUAUCUUCAGUCUUCAGUUACCUUGUUAUAUUCAUCGAACGGCAUUGGAUCUAGCAUCGUUUUUUGCAUCCACGAGAAUCACAUUUAUGUGAAUUCUGUUUAGCAAUACGAGCUGCUUGAUCUUGUAUAACAAAAUUUACUUAUUUCUUCGUUAGGAAUCCGAUUUCUGUAACAUAAAAUACAUAGCCAUGGGCGUGGAUGUAGAAGUUCUUUCUCCUGGAGAUGGUCAGACAUAUCCGAAAACUGGACAGACCGUAGUUGUUCAUUAUACAGGUACCCUUGACAAUGGAAAAAAAUUUGACUCCAGUAGGGACCGUGGAGUGCCAUUUAAGUUCAAAAUCGGUAAAGGUGAAGUUAUUAAAGGCUGGGAUCAAGGAGUUGCUCAAAUGUGUGUUGGAGAACGUGCUAGGUUAACUUGUUCACCAGAUUUUGCCUAUGGUAGCCGAGGACAUCCUGGAGUUAUUCCUCCAAAUGCUGUCCUUAUCUUUGAUGUGGAAUUAUUGAAGGUGGAGCCUUGAAGAAUUUUCCAGAGUGUAUCAAAUUGACUGCACACAUCGGAACCACAGAUAAUUAAACGCUUCAAAUUACAUUAUGUUAAGUAGUCAUUGCAUGAGUGGUAUGUCUUACAUACUAACCUUAAUUUGAUUGCUCAUAAAAACAAAAACAAAAAAAAAUAAAAUCGAGACUUUAAUUCUGUUUCACACUAUUGCACAAUUAUAUACACUACAGAUUACAAUUGUACAGAAAUCAUUAAUGACCAAUUAACGUGGGAUAUCAGAACAUGUUUCUCACAUUUUUACAUCAUAAUAAUAUUAAAGUUUACAUUGCUCGUUUUGAGGUUGAUAGCAUUCCUAUUAUAAGAAAUUGAAUUAAAUAAAUCUUGAAGCAUUCAACAUGUAAUCCAACAUCUGUGUUCAUUCCAAUUACUUAGUACUUGGUAAAUAAUCAUCUGGGUAUUUUGUACAAAAUCUUUCAAUGAUCCAAAAGAAAAUAAUUGUAUUGGUAAUGUAAUAGUAUGAACCUUUACACAGAAAAAUUCAAUAAAAAAAAUUGUCUUGUCUUCAA